CCCCAAUGGUGUACUGCAGCGCUGCCGCUCCACCCAUGACCCAACUACUACUAAUGGAUGAAACGAGACUCCUGUGAUGCUGCUGCAAAAAGGACUGAAGGCCUGGGUGCCACUCCUCUUUCUGGCUUCCGGUCUCCUUCAACACAUCCCCAUUCCUCUCUUCUCCCUCCCCUGUGUGUGCCUGCCUUGCAAAGCUUGCCCAGCCUUUUUUUCUAGUUUUAAAAGGAGCUUAAAGGAAAGGACUAGGAUUUCUUUCUAGCGAUCCUUCACCCGCCCACCCAGCCCAAGCUGCUGUCAUUUUGUGGUUGAUGUAAAGCUCUCUCUUAUAUGCUUUGGAUUUGAGGGGGAAAAACUAUGGAUUCUCAAAGGGAAUUUAAAUCACCUCUUCCUCGAAGGUGUGGGCUUAUUAGAUGAGAAAUGGGUCUCCACCAGAACAUUUUAUCUGGGGCCUUCUAAAUGUAUGGCUUGAAGCAGAAAGUGGAAAGAGGUUGUUUCUCUGAAGAAAGGGGGAUAUAGGACAUCACUAUAUAGCAGAGAAGAGGAAGAGGAAAGAGGGUACUUGCCUCUGCCAAUGGCUUGUUUUUGCUGCUGCUGUUUUGGUCUUCUGAUGGUUAGUCUUCUAGUUGGAAGCCAGCCAGCCACUGCCCAGCUCCAGGAUCAGCCCACUAUGGUGGCUCUCCAGAGAGGGCUCAUGGUGGCGGACUGGGAGCCCAACAGCCCAAGCUACUGCCUCUGGCGCGGCGUCACCUGCGGCGGUCCAAACCAAACGGUGGAGGCGCUCGACCUCCCCCACCGCAACCUCCGAGGUAAUAUCUCGCUCAUCUCCGACCUCAUCUCAUUAAAGCGGUUGGAUCUUUCCGGCAAUUCUUUUCAUGGAUCAAUUCCUUCUUCUUUUGGAAAUUUACCCAUGCUCGAGUUCCUCGAUUUGUCGACGAACAAAUUUGAGGAUAGGAUUCCAUCAUCUUUAGGCAAAAUCAGAAACCUCAAAUCGUUAAAUCUUUCAAACAACUUACUCUCGGGGGAAAUACCUGAUGAGUUGAAAAAAUUAGAGAGGCUGCAGGAGCUUCAGAUUUCUGGGAACAAUCUUAGUGGCUCCAUUCCUGAUUGGGUUGGCGACCUCACUGAUCUGAGAGUCUUUUCGGCAUAUGAGAAUAGUUUGGUUGGUGUAAUUCCUAGAAAUCUGGGCUCGGUUUCUCAGAUUGAGGUGGUGAACCUCCACUCCAACAUGCUCCAAGGAGUGAUACCAGAGAGCAUUUUCAGGUCGGGGAAGCUGCAAGUUUUGGUGCUGACUCUAAACAGAUUGGAUGGUAGCCUUCCCGAGUCGCUCGGGAACUGCAAAGGACUGUCGAGUCUUCGAAUUGGAAACAAUAGGCUCAUUGGGAGCAUUCCUGUGUCAAUUGGCAACGUUAGUAGUCUUACAUACUUUGAGGCAGACAACAACAACCUCUCCGGAGAGAUCAUUCCAGAGUUUGCGCAGUGCUUGAACCUCACACUAUUGAACUUAGCCUUUAAUGGCUUCACAGGGACCAUACCUGAGAGGCUCGGGGAGCUGAAGAACCUCCAAGAGUUCAUUGUGUCAGAUAAUAAUCUCACAGGCGAGUUCCCAAAGUCUAUCCUCAGAUGCAGGAACCUUAGCAAGCUGGACCUGAGCUAUAAUCAAUUCAAUGGAAGCCUACCUGAAGACCUCUGCAACAUGUCUAGACUGCAAUACCUACUUCUGGAUCACAACUCUAUUAGUGGAGAGAUACCUGGGGGAAUUGGGAACUGUGGAAGGCUGCUCGAGCUGCAGAUGGGCAGUAACUACCUGACUGGUAACAUUCCACCUGAGAUCGGCAAGAUUAAGAAUUUGCAGAUAGCUCUAAAUCUUAGCUUCAAUCAUCUCAGAGGACAAUUGCCUCGGGAACUAGGAAGGCUUGACAAGCUGGUCUCCUUGGAUGUCUCCAACAACCAGCUUUCUGGAGACAUUCCAUCGGAACUCAAAGGCAUGCUGAGUUUGAUAGAAGUUAAUUUCUCAAACAAUCAGCUCAGUGGCCAAAUACCGAUCUUUAGUCCAUUUCAGAAGAGCCCUCGUUCAAGUUUUUCAGGAAAUAAAAAACUAUGUGGGGAUCCAUUGGAAUCUAACUGUGGGGAUUAUUUUGGAUCAGUCAAUGGUACAGACCACCACAAGGUGUCCUACAAGAUUGUAUUAGCUGUUGUUGGUUCUGGUUUGACUGUUUUUGUGAUGGUAUCGGUUAUUGUUGGCCUGUUUAUUCUGAGAGAGAGACAAGAGAUGGAUGCCAAGGCUACCAUGGUUGCAGGGGAAGUAGUUGCGACGACGCCUCCUCAAAUAGCUGCUGGGAAUGUCUUUAUUGAGAGCUUGAAGCAAGCCAUCGACUUCGACAGUGCUGUCAAAGCAACCUUAAAGGAUUCAAAUAAACUGAGCAAUGGGACUUUUAGCACCAUCUAUAAGGCAUCUAUGCCAUCUGGACUUGUUCUUUCUGUAAAGAAGCUGAAAUCUGUGGAUAGGUCAGUUGCUCACCACCAGAAUAAAAUGAUAAGGGAGCUUGAAAGGCUUGGAAAUCUUUGCCAUGCCAAUCUGAUGAGGCCUAUUGGUUAUGUGAUCUAUGAGGAUGUUGCGCUUUUGAUUCACCAUCACAUGCCUAAUGGAACACUGGCGCAACUCCUUCACAACACCACUGGCACUGCAUUUGAGCCUGAUUGGCCAAGAAGGCUGUCCAUUGCUAUUGGAGCUGCUGAAGGAUUAGCUUUCCUGCACCACAUUGCCAUUAUCCAUUUGGAUAUAUCAUCUGGUAACAUUUUUCUUGAUGCCAAUUUCAAUGCUCUGAUUGGGGAGAUAGAGAUAUCCAAGCUCUUGGAUCCAUCAAAAGGAACUGCAAGUAUCAGUGCAGUGGCUGGCUCCUUUGGUUAUAUUCCUCCGGAAUAUGCAUACACAAUGCAAGUAACUGUGCCAGGGAAUGUUUAUAGCUUUGGAGUGGUGUUACUUGAGAUCCUAACAACUCGAUUACCGGUUGAUGAGGUCUUUGGAGAAGGGAUAGAUCUGGUGAAAUGGGUCCAUAGUGCAUCAGGAAGGGGUGAGACUCCAGAACAGAUAAUGGAUGCAAGGUUAAGUACUGUUUCAUUUGCUUGGAGAAAGCAAAUGUUAGCAGUUUUGAAGAUUGCGAUGCUCUGCACUGAUAACACACCAGCAAAGCGCCCUAAGAUGAAGAAAGUAGUGGAGAUGCUUCUUGAAGUAAGAGAAAAUUAAUUGUAAGAUUCCUAGGAAAUUCUCCAACCCUUCAUUUGAGAUUUAUGUGAUAGGUAAAAGGCUCAAAACACCUAUUGUUUGGAGCUUCUGCUGUGCUUCCACUACUUGUAUGUGAGGCCUUAAAAUUCGGGAGGGAGAAGGGUGGGAAAAAAUGCUACAACUUGUACUGUGUUUCAGUGAAAGCCGAAUCAAGAUUUCUGUAAUUAUGGUUUAUGUGGGAGAUUUGAUGGUGGAUUUGUUGUAACAAGAACAUCUUGCGAUGCAGUGAUGCCUGUUUUCGAAGUCGUUGGAUGUCAAACAAAAAAUU